AUGUUGUAUGCCCCGAAAUCCAUCCCAAUUAAAGAGUGGGACGACGCAGGUAUAGAGGCGGCUAAACGCACCAUUUUACAAGAAGCACAAGUUCUCGUCGCCGCUCGCCAUGGCCACGUUGUGAAAGUUAUCGAGAAAUAUUUCCCUAACGACGAGCAUUAUACUCUCUCGAUAUUCCCAACCCGAUUGAUAUCCGUUGUCGUCCCGACGGCUCGCUGGCCCACCUAUCUCGGCGUCGGUAGCUCUCCUCAAGUCCUCACCAUCAACCGCGCCAUGAAAGCAGCGAACAUGCAGCUCCAGCGCUUCAAUCUCGAGGACAGCUUGGUUAUUUACGUACGAGAAGCAGAUGGUAGAUGGAUCCCAUAA